AUGGACAGCCGCCAGUUCGACAAGUUUUGUCGCGAAGCAGGAUACAUCGAUGCUAAGUUCACCACAGCGGAUGCGGAUCUGCUGUUCACGACUAUCACGGCUCGGGGCCCGCGGCGACUGAGCUCCGGGCAGUUCGAGGCCGCCUUGAGGCUACUGGCAGACCGAAAGCGUUUGUCCUUGGACUCUGUGUUCGCCAAGAUGCGCAGCAGCUGGAAGAGUGCUAGGACUGCUGGAGCGCAUGGUGCAGCCACUCCAGCUGCACUUGGCCUACACACAAUGCCAAGGCAGCGCAGUCGUGCGCAGAGCUCGCCGCCCAGCGAUGGUCGGGGGCCUGCUUCUCGUGAGGGGUGGUUCUAUCCGCUGGACAACGGAUACCUUCCCAGUGUCAAACGCCACAGCAAGCGCCCCGGAUGA